AUGGAUGGUGACUUAUGUGGUCGUGGAUGCUUCCAUGGUGGUUCGGGAAGUGGUUCCUCCUUAGUAGCGAAUAAGAACAAUUUUAAAAAUUGUUGCACCCGUUCAUUAGAGAAGGGAAAUAAAAUCAUAACAGGUAGAAUCUACACAAAGGUUGCAAGGUCUAGAAUAUUUAUUUUGUUUGUUCUAACCCUUUUGAAUCUCUUUUUACAAAAUAUGUACUACAAAAAUGAAGAGUGGAAACCAUUUUCAAAAUUAGAAUUAAGCAUGAAUGGAUGUUCAAGAAAAUUAGCUCAAAUAAAAGAACUGAGAGAAUGUGCUAAUUUAGCUAGACAGGCCCUUAGAAAGGAAGAUAGUGAACAUUUGAGAAAGUACAAAGAACAAUUUUACAAAAAAUUGGAAGAAAAGAUGAAUCAAGUAGGCCCCGACCCGUUACCCAGUUGUAUGAAAAAGGGGGAUAAAAUUCCUACAGUAAAAAAAAAAAUGCAGUUUGUCGAGCCGGAAGAGACAACCCAGAAAGACAAAGCCCCGAAUAGUAACACGCAGAAAGAAAAAUAUGAGAAGGAGAAAAAUAAGAAAGAAAAAGUCCGUGUAGACCCAAUGGGGCAUUUGAAAAAUGAAAAAAAUAAAAUAAUGACUACAACGGAGUUGAAAAAAAAACAUGACGACAAUUUGCACAAAAAAAUAAGCAAAGAAGAAAUGAAAGAAAUUUUGGAUUGCACUGACGCCAGUAAUUACGAAAAUAUACAACGAAAGAAGAAUGUCUUUUAUAAUGAGUACGAUAAUGACGAAUUUCCAAGAAUUUGUAUGAUGAAAGAUAUUAAUGAGAAAAUUACAGAAAAUGCAUUAAAUUCGAGGAUUGCAAAACUAUGGAAGGUUGUAAGCCCAAAGGACAUGUUUAUAAUCUGGCAUUAUAUUCAGGCUUUAGGAAGAGACAAAUAUUUAAGGAUGAAUGGGGAAUUGUGGAAAGCGUGUGGACAACUACAGGAGGAAUAUAACAUACCAAAUGACAUUAAAAAAAGAGAAUGGCAAGAUAUCUCUCACUACAUGACAAAGGAGUUACUGGAAAAGGAACACAAUGAUUAUUUAGAGUUUAAGGAAUUAGUUAAAAAGGGAUCCUGCGAGAGAGAUAAGUUUCAAAAAUAUAUAGAUAAUAAAAUGGGUUCGUGGAGAUUCUUAACAACUAUAAUGAUGGAUUCGUGGAAGGAGACAUUAAUUGAAAGACUAAAAAGAUACAAAAUAUAUGAAGCGUAA